GCUGAGGUGGAUGAGUGGGUGCAGCAGAGCGCGGAUGUGGUCAGGUAAGUGAGGGGGCGGGUCGUUUGCCGUUGCUUGCCGGGCCUGAUAGAAAAACAGCAUGCGGCUUCCUGAUGUUCACCCUCGAGCCCUUACAUUCCUGGUACUGACAUGGCCCCCUCGCACUCCCCUCCUCUCCCCGCCCAUCCGCGGCCCUCCCGCCCAUCCGCGGCCCUCCGCGCCUCUCCCGCCCCGCAGCUCCCGCUGGUUGCUGUCCGAGGUGGGGCUGCUGCUGGAGCAGCGGGCAGAGCUGCAGCGGUGGCAGCGGGCAGAGCAGCAGCAGCAGCUGCUGCUGCGGAGCUACAGCACACAAGCCCAUAACGCCGCCACCGCCGCCGCCACCGCUGUCGCCACCACCACCGGAGUAGCCAUCGCCACUGCCGCCACCACCAUCACCACCACCACUGCCUCCGAAGACGAUACCGCUAACAACACGGCUUUGCAGCUUGCACCACCCCCCUUUGGCUCGUCUCCUCCUGCUCCUCCUCCCGCUCCUGCUCCUCCUCCCGCUCCUGCUCCCCAUACACCUGCUCCCCCUGCUCCUGUACCUUAUCCUGCUCUACCUCCUCCCGCUCCUCAGCACACGCAGCGCCUGGAGGCCAUGGCGGCCGCUGCAGCACGGCUGCUUGUGUUCGCCACCGCCUCGGGGCUGCCUCUGCUGUCCUGCCACCUGCUAGAGCUGCUGGUGGAGGUGGAGGGGGAGCUGCUGGGCAGGGCAGCCGGCCAGCAGACGCACCCAGACGACCGUGCAGCUGCAGCAGCAGCCACAGCUGCGGCGUUCACUCGCGCCCUGGCUCGUGCCGCGGCAGCCACCCUGCAGUGCUCCGAAGCCAGCACUGAUGACCCCCCGGCUGUAUCUGCCAGCUGCUGCUGUGAGUGCCGCUGUGAGGCCAGCGGGAACGGAAGCGGCAACAGCGACAGCGUUGACGGUGAGGACGGCGGUGGUGACAGCGCUCCAGC